AUGCCUCCAAUCACAAACAAGGAAGCCAGAAUGGCCUGCAGCCCAUCCGGCGAAGACGUCUUCAUCCGCCAGCUACAAGGCCUCAAAGCCGACUGCUCCGAAGCCCUCGCUCACCACCUCCAGGUCAAUCCCGACGUAGCCUGGAAUCCCGAGGACGGCUCAGGGCAUCUACCUCACUCGAAACGCGAAAAAGCGCGUCUGAGACUCGCCCUCGAUCUUGAAUUCUGCGAAGAGACCGGAAAACCCCUCUUCCCUCCCGCCAACACUCGUCUCUCAGAUGAGCUGGUGUAUCUGGCAACCAAGUUCGAAGCCGGUCCUACACGCGCAAUCCGAUGGCCAUACGACUUUGAUAAAUCCGGAGACAUCGAUCCGAACCGCGUGCCCUCGGGACCGCCUCCGAUCGUCUGGGCCCAUGGUAUGCCUUUCUUCCCGGUGUACAAAGGAUACUAUAUCCUCUGUGGAAGAGAGCAUGCGGAGUGCAUUGGCUGGCUGCUUCAUGAGAAAACUAGGACUAUCAUGCUGGCGAAUCCAAUCUGGUCUGUUGGUGCAGUCAUUGCACCUGGUUCUGCUGUGAAGCUUCCGCAUGCCAUCGAUCGCCAGAUGGUAUGCCACAGGCCUCCAGGCGGCGAGAAGGAAGUCAUGUACAAAGGGAAGGCCUGGACUCGGGAUGUUGUGGCGGCGGAGCAUCAUCACUGUGCUGUUUUGCCGAGUCUGGACGACGAGGAUAUCACAGUCUGCCCGUUGUGGAAAGCCAGGGGCUACAAUGUUCAUUGUGGACCUUCGCAGCGUGAUGUCAGGCCGACUACCAUCCCGAAGGAUUUCUUCGUUCGUCAGGGUAUUGCCAUUGAUUAUCCCACUCUUGCGAAACCAUACAUCAACUUGUCUUUUGACGAUGAUGAGGACCCUGAUGAGGAAAUGGCCUCGAACAGUGAUGACAAUAUCGAAAAGACCACUGAACCGAGUGGAAAGGUUGCUGGCAAGACCGACGCGCCUGUCGAAACCCAGCCUGCUGCAAAAAUGGGGACGGACAGCGCGGUGGAGGUGGUUCCAGAGCAGAAGAAAAUGCAAGCUCAAACCCAGGCUCUCGAACGGGCUCUCGAAGAAAUCAUCCGAGGACCUCAUAUCGGCCAUUCAAACUUGGAAAAUACACCACCAGUUGAUUCCCACUGCCCUGUGAACACCAAGCUUGAUACUAGCAUGGCUGUUGAUGCUUCAGCCGAAAAGGUCACUGAAAAAACUACCCUUGAGCAACCCAGCACCGAAAAGGGUUCUACCCCUUCCACAGAGGACGUUAUCGAAAGCACUGCAAUCCGUACCACCGAGGUGCAACUGACUACCAACCAGCCUGAAAAUCAUCCAACAGAUCCCGAUGCCUCUCCUGCCCAAGUUCCCACCAUUGAGCCAACCACGCAGCAAAUCGCACAGGAACAGACUGGCAGUGAGGAAUCGUACAGCACUGCCGUUUCUCACUUAUCUCAGAGAUCAGAUGCCACUGGAACAGCGUGCAGCCAAAUCGAUGGUGUUAACAUCGACGAGAGUCAAGUCCCAGAACAAGUUGUUCGAGAGGAGACCUAA